GUACAAAAUUCAGUGUUUCAGUUGUCCUUCUUUCCAGUGGUUGCUCAAGUCUAGAGCAUCUAGUUAAGCAUUAGAAAGUGAAGUAUCUCGUUUUUGCUUUAUUGAUUCUCUAGAUCAUCAACAUGAGAAUUUACCCUGAUUGGUAUACUCUACUUCUGCUUCUCAUUCCGUCCAUCACUCUCAACUGUCUACUAGGUGUACAAGGAAAUCCAUUGCAAAACACAGACGGACCUAUGCCAUCUUAUGAAGAUGAAAUGUCUGGCAACUUUCCGUUGUUACAUGAAAAUAGACGUUCCGAAUGCACUGUUUUCAGCAAUACACUGGAAUCAGUUCAAAGAUCAAAACAGAAGUUUGUAACAUUUGACUGUCUUGUUCACCGAUUCCAGGGAUACUGUGAAUACAUCUUGGCUCGUGACUGCACUGGAGGUCUCUUUGAUAUUCAUAUCGAAAACGAUCCUCUCCUUCAUAGUGCUAUACGGAGUGCCGUAGUCGGUGGGGUUGCGGUACGUGCAGAAGGAGUAGGCGUGAUUAAAGCAAUCUUUGCUCGAGAGAAAGUAAAAGUUUAUAUGAACGGCAAACGUAUAAAGUGGCCAUCAACUAUUGACACAGCCGACGGUUCACGUGUGCUGCUGUCUACUGACGCAGUCGAAGACCGAGUUGAGAUCUUUUUGGCAGCUACAGAUGUAAAAAUAGUUUUGGUAGGACAAACCAAAAUUGUCGUUUCUGUUCCGCCGUCAUUCAAGAACAAAACGUGUGGACUGUGCGGUAACUUCAAUGGCAACCCAAACGACGACCUUAUGAUGCCCAGUAGGAAGUCGUUGAGCAUCAGCAGCGUGAAUGAUUCAACAUCAGCUAUUUCUAUCUCCAACGUCCACAAAUUUGGACUCCAAUGGACUGCCGUAAGCAGAGAAAGACUGAUAUUGCUCCGUAAUGACGACUGUCGAGAUCCCACCGACGUCUCCUAUUGUGAACUGCCAAAUCAGAGAACAAAUGUGGAACGGUUUUGUCAUGUCAUUAUUGAUCCAAAGGGCCCAUUUGCGGAAUGUCACCCUUAUACCGCUCCCGGUUUGGCUUACAGGAAAUGUGUGCUUAUAGGUUGCUUGCAUCGUGGAAAUAAGACAAAAGCUUGCUCCACAAUUCGAUCAUAUCAAAUUCAAUGCCAACAAUGUAACAAAAAAUUCUAUUCAGCGAUUGUGCCCGAAUGCUAUAAACCGUGCAGUGUUCUUGAAGCUCCCGCACAUGGUUUCAAAGUAGGCAAUGGACACUCUCCAGGAGAUGUCGUCACUUUUGUCUGCAUUGCCGGAUACGAUGUGUCCGGAGCGAAUUCCCGUACGUGCCAUACCGACGGUUCUUGGAGCGGUCAACCUGAAACAUGUACUGACAUCGACGAAUGCCGUACAAGGCAACAUGUCUGUGACCCCAAUAGUCACUGCGUCAAUACUUAUGGCAGUUACAAAUGCGUGUGCAAUGCAUGUUACUCUUGGAAUGGAGAUUCUUGUGAAGUAAUUCAAUGCCCUAGUUUCCUACCUCCCGUCCAUGCCAGACUAGAAUAUCGUGGAUUUGAGGGAGGGCGUAGAGCUUGUAACACUAUUGUCAAGUAUGUGUGCUUACCUGGUUACAAGAUUUCUGGAUCAAGCGAAAUCAAAUGUAAAAAUACAGGAAAUUGGAGCGACGCACUUCCAUCAUGUGUAGACAUUGACGAAUGCCGUCAAAAGUCCCAUUUCUGUGACCCAAAUAGUCACUGCGUCAAUACUUAUGGCAGCUACAAGUGCGUGUGCAAUCCAUGUUACUCUUGGAAUGGAGAUUCUUGUGAAGUAAUUCAGUGCCCUAGUUUCGUACCUCCCGCCCAUGUCAGACUAGAAUAUAGUGGAAAUGAGGAAGAACUUACAGCUUGUGACAGUACUGUCAGGUUUGAGUGCUUACCUGGUUACGGACUUUCUGGAUCAAGCGAAAUCACAUGUAAUAAUACAGGAAAUUGGAGCGACACUCUUCCAUCAUGUGUAGACAUUGACGAAUGCCGUCAAAAGUCACAUUUCUGUGACCCAAAUAGUCACUGCGUCAAUACUUACGGCAGCUACAAGUGCGUGUGCAAUCCAUGUUACUCUUGGAAUGGAGAUUCUUGUGAAGUAAUUCAGUGCCCUAGUUUCGUACCUCCCGAACAUGCCAGACUAGAAUAUAGUGGAAAUGAGGAAGAACUUACAUCUUGUAAAACUACUGUCAGGUUUGAGUGCUUACCUGGUUACGACCUUUCUGGACCAAGCGAAAUCACAUGUAGUAAUACAGGAAAUUGGGGCGACGCACUUCCAUCAUGUUUAGACAUUGACGAGUGCUCCCAAAGGCAUCCUUGCGACAAAGCUCACGGACUUUGCCAAAACACGAUAGGUAGUUAUCGGUGCACUUGCAAGCUUGGAUACUAUGGAAAUGGCUACACGUGUAUUGGUGACGUUUAUGCUGUUGAAGGACGAGUAAUGGAUGCUUCUACUAAUGACUUCAUUAGUGGAGCGGUCGUUUCCCUUGGACCGAGAUCAACAACCUCAAACAGCGAAGGCGUUUUCCGGUUUUUCAACGUUCCUGCUCUUUAUUACAUAUUGAAUGCGUCUGCAGAUGGCUAUGUGUCUAACUCAAAAAUCCUUCAUGUAACUGGCAAUAUUACGAAAGGCACAGUCGCUGACAUUAUAAUCACUAGAGUGUUGGAAUCAGAUACUUGGAAGAUCGUACUUUCGUGGGGUAAAGUACCAAGUGAUCUCGAUGCCUACUUGGUACUCCCAGAACCUUAUAGUAAGCACGUCAGUUACGACAACAAGAAAGUGCAAUCUAAAUAUGGAACGAUCACUUUGGAUACCGAUAGUAAAGCACAAUUCGGCUAUGAAACUAUAUCAAUUACCGAAGGAGUUGAGCCUGGCGUAUACGGACAUUACGUUGAUUCAUAUUCGCAUCCGUACUACGAUUUUCGCAAAGGAAAUGGAACUGUAGAGCUAUACAAUGGAAGCUUUAAAGUGGCCACCAUUCGUUUACCAUAUCAUAGCAAAAGGAAACACUGGGUUACAUUCCAAAUAUUUACUUCACUCAAAACGUUCCAGGUUAUUGACAAGAUCACCGACGAUUAUAAAAGCUUGUUCGCAGAAAAAGCUGAAGAAUUUCGUCUGGAUGAGACUCAAGGCUAAACAGCUUGGAUGUUGCCUGUAGUAUAUCGACUAGUUUGGUAAGUUAGAAGAUGUAACGACUGGUGUAUACACGAUUGCGUUGAAAUAA